UGAUCGCCUUGCUAGAACGGUAGCUGGUCAUGGCUCGUAUUAGCAUUUCAAACGCCGCGAAAUUCAAUGCACGCACCUUGAUCAAGCUUCAAACGGCCAUCGAAAAAGAUCCGGAGAUUGACCUAACUACGAAAUGGCCCUUGAGGUAUUCUGAUCGUCUGCAUGAAAUGCGACAGGAUGUCCAGAUUGGUAAGUAGUUUCUUGUGUAAGCAACUCAGUCUCUAG